GAAGAGGAGGGAAGCAUGACACCCGGAGAAAAUGGAAGAGGGGAGGGGCCCGCCAAGAGCGCCCUCCGGAAGAUCCACACGGCCACCCUGGUGAUCAACCUGGCCCGAGGUUGGCAGCAGUGGGCAAACGAGAACAGUACCAGGCAGGCCCAGGAGCCCGCGGGCUGGCUGCCGGGAGGGACCCAGGACUCACCCCAGGAUCCUAAGGCAGUGGCCCCCCCCACGCCCCACCAGAAGGCUCAGGGUGCCCCGAAGCCUCCCUCCCUGAAGCCGGAGGGGCACGGAGACGGACAGAGCUCGGAGGGCGCCGAGGUCGCCCACAUCAAAAGGAAAGAGGUGACCAAGACAGUGGUCAGCAAAGCGUACGAGAGGGGAGGCGACGUGAGCCACCUCAGCCACAGAUACGAGAAGGACGGUGACACGCCUGAGCCCGGGGAGCCCGAGGACGCCGCUGACAGGCUCCCCCACAGCCACGGCUCCCCGACGCGCAGGAGGAGGUGCGCCCGCCUGGUGUCGGAGCUGACCAGAGGCUGGAGGGCGAUGGAGCAGGACGAGCCCAAGUGGAGGAGCGACAGCAUAGACACGGAGGACAGUGGCUACGGAGGGGAGAGCGAGGACAGGCCCGAGCAGGAUGGACAGCAGGCGGCAGCUGCCAGGAUCAAGCGCCCCCUGCCCGCCCAGGCAAACAGAUUUACCGAGAAACUCAGCCGCAAGGCCCAGCGGGAACACAGCCAAGUGCACGACCUGAAGGGGAGGUGGCAGCAGUGGGCUGAGGAACACAUACAAUCCCAGAAGCUGAACCCUUUCAGCGAGGACUUUGACUACCAGCUGGCCAUGUCCAGCCGCCUGCACAAGGGGGACGAGGGCUACGGGCGUCCCAAGGAGGGAACCAAGACGGCCGAGAGGGCCAGGCGGGCCGAGCAGCACAUCCACAGGGAGAUCACGGACAUGUGCUUCAUCAUCCGCACCAUGGCCCGCCGCCGCCGCGACGGCAAGGUCCAGGUGACGUUCGGGGAUCUCUUCGACAGGUACGUCCGCAUCUCGGACAAGGUCGUGGGCAUCCUCAUGCGCGCCAGGAAGCACGGGCUGGUGGACUUCGAGGGCGAGAUGCUGUGGCAAGGCCGGGACGACCACGUUGUGAUCACUCUGCUCGAGUGAACGCGCGGACCCACUGUUGUCUUAAUGCGAACUGCUGAGGGAGUAAAAACUAAAAUGCAAACGCUCUGUCACAAGUUAGGAAAUGCUAAACAAUUUUUUCCACGAAUGACUUUUUUGGCACUCUGUUUCUGAGGAAGUUUGAAGAUUUGGAAAUUCCACUUACCCUUUUAGGCAAAAAUAUCUGGCUAUUCAUUGCAGACAUUGUUAUAGAUCUUUAAUGAAAUAAUUACUAUAACUAAGAAGAAUGCUGAGUUUAGGUAAAUAGCAGCAGCACAUAUUAUGUCAUUUUUCGGGGGAAAAAAGAAUUCCAUUAAGUUCGGCAAAACUAAUCUUAAAAUUUUCUAAGCUUGAUUUUGUACUUUCAUGUUAACCAUAGCAUCACUUACAAAACAGACACACAAAUAAAAAAUUAAGUUUUCAAAUAAGAUAAUGUAAUUGCUUAGAUUUGUCCGUGGGCCUAUGAUUUAUUUCAUAAGUUUCCUAAAUUAGCUGUGCUUUCCAUUUGUGCAAAUCCCAUGAAAAACAGACAUCAGCGGUGGUCUCAGAACCAACAGAGAAGGUGGGAGAUCAAUUUUACCUGCCCUUGUAGGACUUCUUGGAGUUUAUUUUUUCUCAAAGCUGUAAUAUGUCAUGCUGCUUACAUUUAUGUCAAAAUAUAAUGAACUAGUAAUAUAGAAAAUUCUACAAUAAAGUGGAAUGUUCAUGUACAUUUUCUUCAUACUCUAACAAACUUUAUAAAAUAUCUGAAAAUUACAGAAGAGCAAUAUUAAUUCUGCCACAGUGAAAAGUUUAGUCUAAUAUGAUGCCAACGAGAAACUUGACACUAACCUGCUACUUGUCAUUUUUCCUCAGACUUAAUGUGCCUUAUAGAAUUCUACAAACAAUAAAAUGUGAGAUUACAAUUUUUACUGAAUUCAAUAAAAAUUACUAAAUUAUAUAGCACUUUGGUGUUAAAUGCAGAAAUUAAUAUCAAAUUAUGAUACCUCAAAAUAAUAGAGAUGUUCAUAAUUGUUAGGUGUUAGGUUUAAUAUAAAGUAGGGAUUAAACUACUAUAGGAAUUAUUUUUGUUUUCAUGUAUGAUUCUUUAAAACUUAAAGUUCCAGUAACUUCUUAAAGGUCUGUACAUUUUUGUUUUUAUAAUAUAUUAUGAAUUGAUGACCAAUAUUAAUAAGAAUUUCAUGUAAGAUGUACACUAUCAUAACCAUGAACCUAUGUCAACAUUUUAAGAUAUGGUACAAGAAUAAAAGACAUCAUCUUGUAUUUCCUGUUCUUGUGUUUAGACUAUUUUUAACUAUGUGUUUGGAAUACAUCAAAAUCAUAGAGUACAACUUGGCUACUUCCAGCUAUCAGUGGAACAGUCACACCAAGGCUUCCAGAGUUUCCUCAUAUUCCACUCUGGACAGCACUGGUUGAUUCAGGCACUGACACAGCUCCUUCAGAGUUCAAUUUGUUUGAAUUUGAGGAAGGAGUUUAAAAAGUCUUCUGAGAGAGCUUACAAGGAGCACUCUUCUAAUAAGGUGUGGCUGCGAAGUCAGAGAGCUAGCGUCCUUAGAGGAAAAUGACUGCCAUGUGACAGAUGUGUGUCCUACAAUUUCCAUGAUCGAAAAGCCCAGUUGAAAAUUUAGGGCUUUUAGAGGAAAAAAAUAAGUAGGACUCGAUGCAAAUAAACUCAUCAAAGUCCUCAUAUCUUUAUAAUCACCAAAAUAAUACAAAAUAAUUAUAAAUGAAAUUUACUAUCAAUAGCAUUUUAUCGUCGGUAAUUCUGAAUUUCCAAUGAUGGGUUCUGUACAAUUGGUUUCCAAAUCUUCAGGAUUUUCCUUUUCCAAACUUUCUGU